AUGGCGACGGCCAGCCUCCCCGGCUCGUCCGAGGCGGCGGCGGCGCUCGAGAACGACGACCUGGUCUCCGAGAUCCUCCUCCGCCUACCCCCGCAGCCGUCCUCCCUCCCGCGCGCCUCCCGCGUCUGCAGCCGCUGGCGCCGCCUCCUCUCCGACCCCGCCUUCCGCCGCCGCUUCCGCAUUCACCACCGCCGCGGCACCCCUCCGCUCCUCGGCCUCUUCGGCACGAGCCGGGGCGUCGUCACUUUCCAGCCAGCCCUGGACUUCCCCGACCGCCUCCCCAGCGGCCACUUCUCCCUCGUGCUCAACGACCCCUUCACGACCCUCGGAUGGCGCCACGGCCUCGCGCUCUUCUACCUCCCGGACUCGCUCCAGGUCCUCGUCUGGAACCCCCUCGCCGGCGCCCAGCACCGCGUCGACAUUCCCGAGGGGUUCGUGUUCGACCCGUCGGAUGACCCGGUCAACGGGGCGGUGCUUCGCGCCGCCGGAGACGUCGACCACUUCCAGGUAGUCCUGGUGACCAGCGACGGGAAACGACCAUCACUUGCCUGCGUUUACUCGUCGGAGACUGGGUUAUGGGGUGAUUUCAUCUCCGCGCCGCUUCAAUCCGGGACUAUGGUCCAUUGGGGCGAGCCCUCUGUGCUGGCCAGGGGUUGCAUUUACUGGUUGAUUUCGGUGACGAGUAUCCUCGAGUUUGAUUUGGAUAGCCAGACCCUAGCUGUGAUAUUGGUGCCAGCGGGCAUGCGUACCGGCAGGAUUUACCAGUCCACGGUUAUGCGAGCAGAGGGUGGUGGGAUGGGUUACCUCAACGUGGCAGACUUCACUGCCGAAUUAUGGAGGAGGGAGACAGACUGUGAUGGUUCAUGGAUGCUUGGAGGAACUGUUGAAUUGGACAAGUUACUUCCCCCAGGUUCAGACAACGAAGCCCUGCGUAUGUUAGGUUAUGCUGAGGAAAACAAUGAGGUGUUCUUCUGGACAGUUGUUGGUGUCUUCAUGUUCAACCUUCAGUCACUGCAGCUCACGAGACUUUCUGAGAUCGACAUCUCUGGUUAUGGUUAUCAUCCAUUCGAAACCGUCUAUACUCCAGGCAUUGGUGGUGGACAAGAGGGACCUGAAGCAGUGGUGGUGGUUAAGAGGCGCUCGUGGUGGAAACGAUGGGGACAACACAUAAGAGGAUUAUUCAGUUGCGCUCGUGGUGGAAACGAUGGAGACAACACAUAA